AGCUCUUAGCUGUAUCCAGGCUCAAUUAUGGAUGCAGUCAGUUGCUGCCUCAAUUAUAAGAGAAGGUGAAGAAGGCACUUUUCCUACUGAAAUUAGGAAAAUAGUCUGGGACAGUGCCACUGACUUUGAAAGAGAUUUCCAAUCCUGGUGGAAUUUAGUGAAUUUUACCUAUGACCCUAACACAAACACAGCCACAGCAUUUGUGUUGACCAAAGGUAAUGCCUCGGUGCAUUUGAUAUUCCCUAUCAUUGCACUAGGAUUAAAUCAUGACGGAGCCACUUUCUAUCCUUCUGAACAUAGAGAAUGGGCCCGUCAAAUUAAUGACAAAUGGCAAACUGUCAAUUUAGAGUCCUGUACUAUCCGAGAACAACUAGGGUUUAUCUGUGAAGGUAAUGCAAUUAUAGCUCAAGAUAUCUGUUUAGACACAGAACAAAAUAGCUGUCAUUUUGACAUUCAUCCUAACGAGACUUCUGAAACAGUCCUUGUACAUACAGGCAAUGGGUGUGCCUGCUUUAGAACCACUUGUGAUACUGUGUUUAUAGAAAGUACAGUAGUAGAUACUAAAAAUCAUUCAAAUUUUUGUGCUUGCAACUUUACUAAAAUUGCAGGAUGUGAUUUUUCUUUUGUAGCUCCAGUUACUUCACAUGAACUUUUAGAAUCCAAUCUCACGUUGAUUCACAAGCUAUUGCCUACUCCCAUUGGGAUGAACCUUACUUUGGUAAAGCAACUAUUACUUCAUCAAGAUCUAAUAGAGAUCCUAGGAAAAAUCAAGGAGAAUGGACAGAAAACUCUGGUAACUGUUCAUCAUGAUGUGCAAGAAAUACAUCGUGUUGUAGAAAGGGUGAAAAGUGAUGCCGUGCACAGGUGGUGGGAUACCCUUUUCGGGUGGUCGCUUACUGCCACCGGUGUCCUGAACAAAUUGUGUCAUCCCAUUGUUGUUCUUCUGAUUUUAGUUAUGAUUGGUUUUGUUUUAUCAGUAAUCUUGCUUAUUGUGAAUUGGAGAAUGAUGAAACGAUGAACAAAAUUGACAUCUAUAAUUAAUGCACACCACUUGGCCGACAUCCUUUACACUAUAGAUGUUCCCAGGACUGUAGACACAAGCAGAUUAUAAGUUUUUCUGUUUUCUCUUUCCUUUCCUUUUUCUCUUCUCUUUUCCCUGGGAUUGCUGCCAACACUUGACGAGUCCUGAAGACUCCACGACGACACCAUGGAACCCUGCUGAUGAAGAUCUUUCGAGGGCAAUCGUCAGUCACGGGGUGGUGUAAGAGCCCGUCUGAAGCCCCUCAUUUUCCAUUCUGCCUUCCGAUUGCCACGAGAAAGAAUCCCUUCCCCCACUGCAGUUCCGGCUUAGAACAGGACACAGCGCAGGUGCAACCACUGAACCGUCACGCUGGCUGUUCCGAACAAGGCCUGGCAAGAACUUGGCAAGGAGUUGGCAAGGACUUGGCAAAGACCUGACAUGGACCCAGCUCGGGACAGCCUGAUGCGCGGCCUGCUUCUAAUCUCUGAUCUUAAGCCACUGAAGGCUGGCAGUGAAAUGUCACUGUAGGAUCUUGCUGCA